AAAAUGAUUCGACGGCCUCAGUUAACAAAAACUGAACAACUUCGUCAGGCUAAAACUGCAUCACUUGUAAGAGAUAUCGAACUAAGGGAAGAUGCAGCAUCCAAACACCAAAGAGACCCAUUCAAAGUACGCAGGAGGAUGGUUAAACCUGAGCCAAAAAAAGUAGACUUCGCUAAACCAGGAAUGACUAAAGCAAUGCUAGCUAGAAUAAAACAUGCUGAGAAAUUUAAAGAAGAAUAUGAACGUAAGCAAGAAUCAGUUACAUCAGUUCGAACACCUAAAAGGACACCUGCACCAAUAGGAGGUGAUGCCAGGUCGCGACGAUAUAUAAAAUUACUAUGUAUAAAAUUACUUCAAAUUAGGAUGGGCAAGGAAAGAACACCAGGUAGAAAGACUCCGCACAUAACACCAGCUACAACUCCUCGAAGAGGAGUCCCACCACCUAGAAGAGAAUUUGAAACUGUAGCCAGUCGUUUACCUUCUCCCAUAAAAACUCCAAAGACACCAAGAUUACCUGCAAAAGCUCUACCUAGAAAAACUACUGAAUUAGCUAAAAUGAUGAAUGCUGAUAUAAUUCAGGCUGAUCCAAUUGGUGAAGGAAUAAUUAGUAAUAUUGUAAUACCUCCUGGAAUAGUGAGCGAAGAUCGUACUACCAUUGUUAAUAUAUCACAACCACCUGUGGAUCCUGAAUCAAAAAUAGUAUCACAAGUGGCCAAUCGUUCGAUUCAAGUGAUCAGUGAAACUCUUGAUGAGCAAGAUGCUGCUGAAUCUGCAGCGGUACAAAAUAGACUAACAGAAUUACAACAAGCUAGAAGAGAUUUUGUUAUUGCAGUUGCAAAUGUUGGUGGAAAUGCUCUUCAUCUUGAAGAUGAAAGUCGUCCCACCACUGUUCUUGAUUCUGCUCGUAUAUCCCCUCCACAUCAACCCACUCCACAAAAAAAGAUUAUACGAGUCCCUGAGUUAGAGGAUCUUGAAUAUACUAUCGAUCACCCAGAUAUUAUUGCUGCACGUGAAUAUAUGCAAAAAUUUAAAGCUGACAUGGAAGCAAGAGAAGCAGCUAAAAGAAUGGAAGAAGAAUUUGAAAGAAUAGCAGCAGCAGAACAUAUGUCAGAUGAAUUAGAUUUAGAUAUUCCUUUUGAAGAAGAAAUUUACCAAGAGAGAGAUAUCUCUUGGGAAGAAGAUGAAAGUGGCAUGGCUAUGCCUCGUCCAUCUAGAAUAAAAGCUCAAAUUUCUCCUAUUCCUAGACAACAAAGACCUUAUCAAUAUGAACCCUUUGAACCAGAACAAUUAGAAAAAUUCUUUGAUGUUCAAACUUAUCCACCUUGCCCACAAUGUGGGCCACCACCAGGUAGAGAACAUUUACAUCCUGACUUGUGGGAAUUGGAAGACCCAUGGUACAAAAGACCUCCAGAACCUGAUAUGCCAGAUUUAAUAGAGUUUGAAGAAUCUGACUUAAUACGUUUCUAAAGUUUACCAUAUACAAUUUUUUAUAACAAUUUGUUGUAAAAUAUUGAUAUAUAAUAUAAUGUAUAAC